AUGAAUGGGGACGGAUUAGAUUCACAGUUGAGAACGGCAUCAAAAUUGGACGUCACAGAACAACGUGCUGUGAUAAAAUUUUGUGUGGUAGCAGGAAAGACUCCUUUUGAGACAAAACAAUUGCUAGAUGAAUGUGGGGAUAGGUCAAAAGUGUCAAGAUCAAUGAUGUACAAGUGGUAUAAACGGUUUAAAGAAGGACGAUGUGAAACUGGAGAUGACGAAAGGUCAGGACGACCUCUAAUUAUCGAUUCGAACUUGACAGGGUCAGUAUUACAAAAACUUGAAAAAGAUAGAAGACUAACAGUAAGGGAUAUAGCGGAUAUAUUUGAAAUAAGUACGUCUACGGCACAUGAAAUAAUUACGAAAGCUCUUGGAUUUGAAAAGGUGUGUGCUCGUUGGGUUCCAAAAUUACUUUCUGCGGACGAAAAAAAUCGGCGUGUCCUAGCAUCGGAAGAGUUUUUAAGACGAUGGAAAAAUGAAGGUGAAUUAUUUCUCAAUCGAAUAAUAACGACAGAUGAGACUUGGCUACAUCUCUUCGACCCAGAGACUAAACAACAAUCUAUGAUGUGGAAAAGAAAAGGUUCUCCGCCUCCAAAAAAGCAAAGGUUACACGCUCGCAUGGCAAACACAUGUUUAUAA